UCGGGUUCGGCAUACAAAAGCACGUUCACAUGUUGCAGUGAUACUGUGAUUAACCUUUCCUGGAGUUUUCAUUUAUAAAAGUGACGAACAUGUCUUCAUUACUAAUGAAAUCUUUCUUGAGCAGUGCUCAGAAAUCGAGACGAUCCCUCAGCACAGUUGCUUCAUUUAAAAGAUUGUUGUCACCUGCUAAUUAUCACAAAACCGAGAUAGCAGGUGGUGUGUCCAUAUCGAGGAAAUUCGGGUACAAUCCUUGCCAGACGAGGUGGCUCUACACGGAGACGGACCAGGACAUGUCUCAGCAUAUCGCUAAGGAAAUUGAGAAUGAGAAAAAAUCUGCUAUCAGCAAGGCAUCUGAUUACUUCAAAGAUUGGAAAAUUACACCAGAUGGAUGCGAAAUAUCGAUGUCCAGGAAAGAGGGAAACGAAUCAAUAACAAUAGAAUUCAAUGUUAACAAUGCCACUGACUUAGUCGAUGAAGGGUCAUCAGAUUUCAACGUCGAGGAAACAAAUGAAAUGCCACAAAUGAUCUGCAGGCCACCAUUCAUUGUAGAGAUUGGUAAACCAAGUGGCACGAAGAUCCGAAUUUCUUGUCAGUUUGUCAGCGAACUAGAGGCAGACGAUGGCGAUGAGCAAGACGUCAGGGAUAAAUUUGAAAUUGUACAGUUUAGUGUAACCAAAGGGGAUAUCUUGCCAUCAACAUAUGUUUGCAGUGGAGAAACAAUGGAUGGAGAAAUGUAUGAAAAGUUGAUGGACAUGUUGGAUGAACGCAAAAUAGACAAUGAAUUUGCAAAAGAGUUGAUAGAUAUUGGCACCAGAUAUGAGCAUAAAGAGUACAUCAAGUUCCUAUCCACAUUUAAGGCUUUUGUGGAUGAAAAAUGACAGUGUAAAACUUUGUCACAGUAGGCAAAUAAUAUGAUUAACAUUAGAAUAGUAGAUUAAUCAGUGUUUUAAGAUUGCUACUACAUGUAUCAAUUAAAAAGAGAGCUGUGGAAUGUUUCUACCCAAAUUAAUCUGGACUUCAUUCCAAACAACUUUCUAACAUGUCAUCUUCACAAAUGUUUGAAUCUGGAUUAAAUAUGGACAAAAUUUGCAAACAUCA